AUGUAUUUUUAUACCGUUUUGCUUCAAGCUGCCUAUCGAUUUAAUCGCAUAGUCUAUCCGACAAAGAUUAAACUACAAUCAUUCCAUUUGUACAUUCUAUUAUCAAUUAUUCAGACGACUAUGGCUUUCGGUCAAGUAUGUCCGAGUCUAAUUACAGGUGAUAUCGAUUAUUUAGUUAACGACUAUCUCUGUCAGUUUGCUCCAACGAAUAUCAAUGGCUCUUUAUUUAUUUGCUCAGUGGCUUUUCUCCUUCCGUUUACCGUUACUAUAUUGCUAUACAUUUGGACCAUGCGUCAUGUUCGAAAACGAGGUGCUCUGGUCAUUCAUAAUAAUUAUCGAGUACGAGUUCGUCGUGAUAUAACUAUAAUGACGCGUUUAGUGAUUCUUCUGACAUGUUUAACUGCAGUUGCUGCACCACAUGGUCUCAUUCCGAUUGUUUAUGGUCUGACUGGAUGUAUUCCAUUGUGGACAGUUCCAUUCGAAUGGGCAUUGACUAUUUUUGCACUCGUGUCGGUAACUACUGUUCAGCUUGCAACAUCUCCUUUUCUGAAAAGAUUGUUCCGCCGGUCGCCUCGUGUCGAACCGGUUAUAUGGUUUCGUACCCUCCAUGCAAGGAACUUUUUGAAAAUGCAAUAA